UUCCCUCUUCACAACAGACCUAUUUUCUGAGGUCUGGAUACGCUAACUUACAAGACAGGGGUUACAUUCAGGGGAGAUUUUCUGGCAAGUCUUUAAGAAUUUGCUAUAUAGCACAGAUUACAAAGCAGCGGUUCAGUGGACAAAAGCAACUGUAAUGGAAGAAUCUUCUACAUAAGCUUGUGAAUUUGUUGCUGAACUGCAACUCCUGUUCAUUGUUGAAGAAUUGCUGGGGGUUGUGGUGCAGAAGCCAUGGGAGAAUGGAGACACAGGUUGCAUGCUGCUGCUCUAAUACAAGCAAAUCUUAUCACUGUAGAUAGUUGCUGUGUCUGCAGUGUUUUGUUCAUCUGAACCAAAAUAUUUAACUUUUAAGGGCAGGCAUUUACCUAAAAUGAUCUACAAACAAUACAGACUAUUUGACAUUAAUAUCAGCGGACUUUAAUAAGGACUGUUAUUCUUUCCAUAAUGGGAUUUCUAAAGAAUUAUGAAAGAAAAAGUGUAGAUAAGAAUUUAAACAGUGCAGCAAGAGUGGAGUCAGUAAUUCACUGUGCUGCUGCUGCCUGUCUGGUAAUGCUAUUGGAUUACGCAAACACUAAAACGCAAAGAAGGUAGAAGGGAGAUUGAGAUAGACAGAGGGAGGAAAGAUCAGUGGAAAAUCUCUAAAAGUGAUGUAAGGGAAGCAAAGGCAGGGAUUGGAGUGUGGAGGCUGGAGCAGGGACUAUAAAAUCUCACAGAACAAGCUCAAAAGCAAGGAUUAAGCAGAAAUAGCAAGCAAAGCAGCAUCAGGACAUCACAUUGAAAUCAGCUUCAUCACACUCAAGAUGCUGGAGUGGCACUGUGUGAGUGUCAGCCUUCUUCUUGCUGUUUCUUUUGUACAGUGGACAUCUACAGAAGCAGCUCCUGCUGAGCCUUCUACAGAGUCGCUUGACACAGCAGUUGUGUUGGAUGGAAGCUCACAUUCAGUCUCCAGUGAAGAGAAGUCAGCAGCAGACCUGGCAGCUAAAAUUCUACUUCUAGAUGAGCUUGUCUCUCUAGAAAAUGAUGUGAUUGAGACCAAGAAAAAGAGAAGCUUCCCUGGAUUUGGUUCUCCUCUCGACCGGCUUUCUGCCGGAACCACAGAAUUUAAGGGCAAGCAGAGAAAGGUGGUUGAACUUCCUAAGAGGAGAUUUGGAAUUCCACUUGACCGAAUUGGCAUGAACCGUCUUGCUAAUACAAGAGGCUAACAGAUUUUAACAGUUCAGCCUGGAUGAUAUAUGAUGCAUCUCAGAAGCCACCAAAACACUGAUGUCUCAGAGAGCUCCUGCAUUUGAUUUAUGUUUCACUGUGGAAUGAACUGACCAUCUAUAAAUCCAUUUCAUAUUCUCUUGUCAAAAUAAUAAUAGAUUCAAUCCAUCAGAUUAGAACUUUUACAGGUAGGGUGUGUCUGCUCUGAUCAAAGGGUAGAAGUGUUUAGACUGAGUAGGGUCUUAUAUCAAAUAUAAACCAAUGUGGUUAUUUUUGUCUAAUUUAUGACUGGGGACUGAUUUAAUAACUUUCUAGGACAUUCCAAAACUAGUAAACCCAAGCAUAUUUCAUAGCACUAUAUAUUAUAAAAAGGGGGUUAACCAAACUUAAAACUAAAUUGGUAAAAUACAAGCAAAGCGUAUAUAAAAGGGUAUGUUGUACUAAUAGCAGCAAAAUCUGGGAGUUGUGUUUCAGUGACAGCUACAACACUGAAGGUUAAGAAAUUCUUAUGACCUGAAUGAAUCGCCAACUUGAGGCUAGGACACAGGACCAUACUACAAAUGAUUAUGAACUGAAAUUCUGCUUAUUAUUCCAGAGUUCGUAUAUACUACCAUUCUACUAAAAUGUUGAAGAAGCUACCUGUAACAAUUAUACAGUGAUUUACUAACCCUUAUGACCAUACAAUUCCAUAAAAGUGGAAGUAUGUCUCAUAUGUUUAAUAGUGUGCAAUGCAUAAUGUUAUGGCUGCAAGAUAUUUUUUCUUUAAAUUGUAAUUCAGACUAAUACUUGCAAGGCAAGUUUCACCUUCAAGCUUGCAGUAAAUUAUGUGCUAGUUGCUUAUCAUGCAGCUCAUCACUUGUGACAUUUUUAGUGUGAUUUUGAGGCAUUUAGAGUGAGUCCAGUAAGAUAAAAGCACUUUGUAACUGAAACCAUUUUGGAGAUGGUUUUAAGUACAGGAUUGUUAUAGGCAAUAGUGCAUCUUGGCUGUGGUCUCCAUCUUGAUUCCUCCAAGAAAUGAUAUUACAGUGAUAUUACAAGUCUUACUGUCCCAACGGCUUUAUGUUGGCUGAAAAGCCACAGUAACCAAAAAACAGAAAUGUGGUUAAAAUAUAUGUGGAUUGGCUACAUAUAUUAGCUUUGCAGCACAUAAGUAAUUGUGACCCAGCAUGUACUACUCUACCUUUUAAGAUCAGUAAGACACACCGUGUAUUUUUCAAGCACCAUUUAAAAAAAACGAACA